GUAGAAUGAUGAUAAAAGCUGCUUAUGGAUAUCAUGAAGCGUUAUUUUCUAGUAGCAGCGAUUUAUCGUGUCACUCCCGUUCUUAAUGAUGGAUUACACUAUAAGACACCUGUCAAAUGACGAGGAGGAUUCCAAAUUUGCAAGUAGAAUGAUGAUAAGAGCUGCUUAUGGAUUUUAUGAAGCGUUAUUUUCUAGUAGCAGUUUAAAGACCAUCCUUGACUUCUACACUGGCGUAUACAAAUGUCAGUCAAACAACUUUAGACAGAACACAUUUGUACUAACUGUGGGAAAUGAAAAGGUUGGAUUUGCUGAAGUUGAUUUUGAAGACAGUGUGAAAAAGAUGCCGGAUGUGAAAGAUUUUGUAAAGACAUUUGGAAUAAAAGAUAUCUGCAAGCUUCUGCUGCUUAAAAGAGUAAUUUUCUUUUCAAUACCUCGUUCUGAAGCGUAUCUACAUUACUUAGCCGUAGAAGAAAAGUACAAAGGUCAAGGUUAUGGCACAACUCUGCUAAAAAAGGUUGAGAAAGAAGCUGUAUCAAGACAAUGUAAUAAAAUAUUUUUACUGACGUAUCCAUCAAAUACACGGGCGAUAAAAUUUUACGAGCGACACGGAUACAGAGCUGUUGGAAAGCCCCGUACAGGGUACGGUUUGUUGCCCCUCCUUACUAACACACCGGCCGUAAUUCGAUAUGAGAAGCAGUUGUCAUUGCAGUGACUACAUAUUACCUACCUGCUGUCUAAAGCAUAAACAUAUAUGUUCAUGUUUUUUUGAUGCCUUAAUACUUACCAACAAAUAAGUAUAGUGUACGGUAGGUAAAAUGUUGGAACAUUUUAC